CAAACCACGCUAUAUAUGCUCCGCAAACAUAUCUUAGAUUUGAAAUCCAUAGGAAGACAUCCGUUCAGUGGGAGAAGCUACUAGAAUCGGAAAUUGCGAUGAGGAAGUGGACGAUCCCUUCCGCCCUGCUGCUGUUGUGCCUUUUAUCUCUCAUCUCAGAUCAAGGCCAAAAUCUACACGCAAAUGCAGAGAGUGAUUCACAGAAUCCUGUAGAUCCUCCAAAGGUUGAGGAGAAACUCGGCGCUGUUCCUAAUGGUCUAUCUACUGAUUCUGACGUCGCAAAGAGGGAAGCAGAGUCGAUUUCAAAGAGAUCACUUCGCAGUAAUGCGCAGAAGUAUGAGUUCCAGGCUGAGGUGUCUCGGCUCAUGGACAUCAUUAUCAAUUCUCUUUACAGCAAUAAAGACAUUUUCCUCAGGGAGUUGAUCUCCAAUGCAUCUGAUGCCCUAGACAAGAUUAGGUUCCUCGCCCUCACGGACAAAGAGGUUUUGGGUGAAGGGGAUAACACCAAGCUUGACAUUCAGAUUAAGCUAGACAAACAAAACAAAAUUCUUUCAAUUCGUGACAGAGGUAUAGGUAUGACAAAGGAGGAUUUGAUCAAAAACUUGGGAACCAUAGCUAAAUCUGGAACUUCAGCAUUUGUGGAGAAAAUGCAGACAAAUGGAGACCUCAAUCUAAUUGGACAAUUUGGUGUUGGGUUCUAUUCUGUGUAUCUGGUUGCUGACUAUGUUGAAGUCAUCAGCAAACAUAACGAUGACAAACAGCAUGUAUGGGAAUCAAAGGCUGAUGGAGCAUUUGCAAUCUCCGAGGAUACAUGGAAUGAACCACUAGGACGUGGAACUGAGAUUAGACUGCAUCUUAGGGAUGAAGCAGGGGAAUACUUGGAGGAAAGCAAAUUGAAAGAGCUAGUGAAGAAAUAUUCUGAAUUCAUCAACUUCCCAAUCUACUUAUGGGCAAGUAAAGAAGUUGAUGUGGAAGUUCCUGCUGAUGAAGAUGAGUCCAGCGAUGAAGAGGAAAAAUCUGAAAGCAGCUCUGAAGAAGAAGAGGAAUCUGAGAAAGGUGAAGAUGAGGAUACAGAGGAGAAACCAAAGACAAAAAAGGUGAAAGAAACUACAUAUGAAUGGGAACUUUUGAAUGAUGUCAAAGCCAUAUGGCUGAGAAAUCCAAAGGAGGUGACUGAUGAAGAGUACACAAAAUUUUAUCAUUCUCUAGCAAAGGAUUUCGGUGAUGACAAACCUCUGGCAUGGAGUCAUUUUACUGCAGAAGGGGAUGUUGAAUUCAAGGCAGUUUUGUUUGUGCCUCCAAAGGCUCCCCAUGAUCUUUAUGAGAGUUACUACAAUACUAUUAAAUCCAACUUGAAGCUGUAUGUUAGACGUGUGUUCAUCUCAGAUGAAUUUGAUGAGCUUUUGCCAAAAUAUUUGAACUUUUUGAAGGGCCUUGUAGAUUCUGACACUUUACCACUAAAUGUUUCACGAGAAAUGCUCCAACAGCACAGCAGCUUGAAAACAAUCAAGAAAAAACUUAUUAGGAAGGCCCUUGAUAUGAUCCGUAGAAUUGCUGAUGAGGAUCCUGAUGAGGCAAAGGACAAAGACAAGAAAGAUGUUGAGAAUUCUGGUGACGAUGAGAAGAAAGGUCAGUAUGCAAAAUUCUGGAAUGAGUUUGGCAAGUCUAUAAAACUUGGCAUCAUUGAGGAUGCAGCUAACAGAAAUCGCUUGGCAAAACUUCUUAGAUUUGAGAGCACUAAAUCGGAUGGUAAAUUAACUUCACUUGAUCAGUACAUCUCAAGAAUGAAAUCAGGACAGAAGGAUAUUUUCUACAUAACUGGACCAAAUAAAGAACAACUGGAGAAAUCCCCAUUCCUGGAGAGACUCAAGAAGAAAGGUUAUGAGGUCAUUUUCUUCACGGAUCCAGUUGAUGAAUACUUGAUGCAAUAUCUGAUGGACUAUGAAGACAAAAAAUUCCAAAAUGUGUCCAAGGAGGGCUUAAAACUUGGGAAAGACUCCAAAGAUAAGGAAUUGAAGGAGUCAUUCAAGGAUCUCACCAAGUGGUGGAAGGAUGUCCUUGCCAGUGAAAAUGUAGAUGAUGUGAAGAUAAGCAAUCGUUUGGAUAAUACACCUUGUGUCGUUGUGACUUCGAAGUAUGGAUGGAGUGCAAAUAUGGAGAGAAUAAUGCAGUCUCAAACUCUAACAGAUGCUAGCAAGCAAGCAUACAUGCGAGGAAAGAGGGUAUUGGAGAUUAACCCAAGACACCCAAUCAUCAAGGAGCUCCGUGAGAGAGUUGUCAACGACCCUGAGGAUGAGAGCGUAAAGCAAACAGCACAACUCAUUUACCAAACUGCACUCAUGGAGAGUGGCUUCAUGCUCCAAGAUCCCAAGGAUUUUGCCUCACGUAUAUACAGCUCUGUGAAAUCUAGCCUAAACAUCAGCCCAGAUGCUAAUGUUGAAGAGGAAGAUGAUGUGGAAGAAACUGAAACAAAAGAAACUGCAGAUACCUCCAAAAAUGAUGCGGAUACAGAUACCUCGGAUGUGAAGGAUGAGUUGUAGAUUGACUGGAAUUAUGGGUCACACUUCAUCCUUUUCGAUGUCGGUCCUUUUUCUCCUCUAUCCUAGUCUCUUGAGAAAAGCACUUUCAUGCAUUUUUCCCUUUGUCAAAUUUAGGAAAGACUUGGCUUUUGGUGCCAAUGUAGCCGUAGAAUUCAGGAAUUUUAUCUAGUUCAUGACGAGUGUAUUUUCUAUGCAAAGUCCCCUUUGUUUGUA